AUGCGUCCCACCAUCGCACGACUCGCCUCGCAAUACAGGGACCCUUGGGCCGCUCGAGAGGCGUGGCGCAAGCAUCCCAUCUUCUCUCACAGCUACUACAUAAGGAACGCGUGGCCCGGUUUCGGAUUGGGAGCUGGAGCUUUCCUGAUUUAUUGGGCGGUGGAUGAGCUGACGCACCCUAGCAAUAUUGAGAAGCUCAAGGAGGAUGCAAAGAAGCAGAAGGGAGAGCUUUGA